GCGACCCCAAAAGCAGCCGUCAUGCAGUAGAAAUGCUAUGCUGAUCCGGAGCGGACCCCUCGGUCACCGGAUCAGCAGCAGCUGUUUGGCCACUCCGGUGCUAUUUUCACCUCUUGGGAUAAAAUGAUGUGCACGCCGUGCGCCGCGUCUCCCCGCGCCCGCCACUCGGACGUCAGGCAGCCAGGAGGAUGAAGUCCCCGGGCAGCGAGCUCACCUCCGAACAGGACGGGAAGUCCACCGGCGGCGAGGAGGAGCCGGCAACCAGGCGGAGGAAACGGCGCAGGCGCGGCAGGGGGGGCGGCAGCAAGCAGCGGCAGGCGGCCAACGCGCGGGAGCGGGACAGGACGCAGGGCGUGAACACGGCCUUCACGGCGCUGCGCACCCUCAUCCCCACCGAGCCCGCCGACCGGAAGCUCUCCAAGGUGGAGACGCUGCGUCUGGCCUGCAGUUACAUCGCCCACCUGGCCAACGUCUUGCUGCUGGAGGCGGAGGCGGAGGCGGAGGGGCAGCCGUGCCUCCGCCAUCACGCCAUCGUGCAAAGCUCCGCCCAGCCGCUGCGGCCCAUCUGCACCUUCUGCCUGAGCGACCAGAGGAAACAGCAGCUCAGAGACGGCGGAAAGCGGAAGACUUAAGUGAAAGCUUCGGACCCCCACGGAGUCAUCGCACAUGUUUGUUUACAUUUGUACAUAUUUGAAUAUUUAUUCUUAGCGUAGAAGUAACAGAGAAUUAGCACUGCGAAGCACUGUCUGUUUACAUUGGUGUGCUGCUCAACCAACCUGUUUUGCUUGAGAUGCAAUCUGAGCCGUUGUGUAAGGUUGCACUAUUUUGGUCCCACUAAUUACGCUUCCCCCCCCCCCCCCCAUAAAAGCAGCUCCCAAGUGGCCACUGAUGUGUCACAUGACUUGGAUCCAAUAUUUUUUUUUGCACAGUUGCUUUCAAAUGCACAUACAAGUGAGGUUUUUUGUGUUUGUAAGGACUACAGAUGUAAGCCUCGCAGGAAAUGUUGCACUACCUCAACCGUGUAUACCUCCACAUCAAAUGUGUAACAUGACUGCAUUGUACGGUUCUUUUACUUUUGCACACAAAUGUCCUAAAAUAAAUAUUUUUGUACCAUGAAUUAGUGUCGUUAUUCAAGGAAAUGGCUAUAACUCUAAAGGCUUAGUGGCCACAUGCGUGGACGGCAGCUUUUAGCUCUAAUUUCCAAAAUUGUGUACACUACUGAAUUGGGGCCUUAUGGCCACUUAUGUGGACACUUAUACUGCCAUCUGGUGGUGUCAGAAGAGUAUAAAAUACAAUGGAAUUUGAAAAAAAAAAAAAAAAGGGUAAAAAUAAAAAUGUGCAUGUCACUACACAUUAAGUACACGUUUGUGUACUUAUGGACUAAGUGCAUCAUAUAGCAAAGGGAGAUUAAAAAACGCAUGUAAACAAACAGCUUGAGCCUUAAGAGGUUCAAAUGUUUACCAUGACUGUAAAAUAAAUGGUACCGUUGUAUCUAAAAUUGUGUAUUUUGUCAAUUAUGAUCAAAUACAAGCGGAAACAUUUUAAUAAUAUUUAUUCAAUAAAAAAGUCAAUUGGUUUACAUCAGAUUAAAGAAAGUAGAAACCAAUAAUCUGUUCACUGGCGAGGCUUUCUACCGGGCGGGGGCAUGUCUGAAUGGACUAAACCACGACACGCAAAACCGAUUCUCCCAAAAGUCAAAAAAGGUAAGCGGAGCUUAAAAUGAGCUUGGAACUUAAAGUGAAGGGUGUGAGAAAAAUAGUUUAAAAAAAGAACUUUGGCAAAAAAUUGAAGGAGUGUGUUGGCCUCGGGGACUGUUGUGAAGUCCUUGGUGCAGAAAGGAGCGAGCGGAGGCCACAAGAUCACACGGAAUGUUUGCUGUCCAAAUUAGAGGGCGCUCCAAGAGCAAGAACUGAAGAUGACAGCUGGUUACAAAAGAAAGACUAAACCCCUUAAAAAAAAAAAAAGUCAAAUGACAUGUGCCGGUGGUGUGGGUGGGGGAACUAUCUGGAGGUAGAGAAAUCAGAAGGGCAACACUCUACUGCUUCUGUUUCCAAUGAUUUCUGAAAAAAUAAUAAUUGUGGGGGGUGGGGAGGGAGACG